ACGCGUGCACAUUGCACAUUCGUCUUCCCUUUUAUUACGUCCGAAACCCGGUCAAAUACAAAUUUGGUGCAUAUUUUAUUUUCCGUAUGCGUGUUUAUUAUUUGCCUCGCUACAUGCGCGAUCGUGUAAAUGGGCCAUAAGGUUAAAGUUUGGCUUUGUAAACAUCUUUAUUUGCUAAAAUAAUGCAAUGGAAGAACAAGUGUGCUACGUUAACCAGUCAUACUUCAAGCUGAUUGUCGCCUGACCCGAAUGGAGCUAUCAAGUCACGGUCGAAGUAACGUCAAACUCGUUUAUUUCUGUUCAGUUGUGGUCUAGAACAAGAACGGUUUGUGCGUGUGCCACAAUGGCUAAAGUGAAUGCGGAUUUGCAACGGGAACGGAAUAAAUGUACAUUCAACAUUGCAGAAUUGACAACAUUCAUUGAUGGUGGCACAGAUAAAACAGCUGAGCGGAAGGAGAGAGAAAACAUUUUAACAAGUAGAAACACAGAGCUGUCACCCGUUCCCGAAGAAUAUUUGAGUCACAAAGAAAAAUAUGAAAAUGCGGUCAGAAACUCCGUUGUACUGUUUGGAUUGGUUCGAAAGAUGCAGGAAGAGGGAAAAACGUCGGUAACAAACUACAGGGAUGUCGUAUCAGGAUUACUGGGGUCUUCUACAACUCGGGACGGAUCUCCUCUUGGUCUGCACUAUAUAAUGUUCAUGCCAGCCAUCCUCAACCAGGGCAAUGAGGAGCAGCAAGCCCAGUGGCUGCCAAGGGCGUGGAAUUGUAGUAUUAUCGGGAGUUACGCUCAAACAGAGUUAGGGCAUGGGACAUUCAUCCGGGGGCUGGAGACAACAGCUACAUAUGAUCCAAGUACAAAGGAAUUCGUUCUGAACACUCCCACCCUUACCUCGUACAAAUGGUGGCCUGGGGGGUUGGGUCACACAGCAAAUUACUGCAUAGUCGUAGCACAAUUAUAUACCAAAGGGCAAUGUCAGGGCAUACAUUCCUUCAUUGUUCAAUUGAGAGAUGAAGAAACACACGAACCCUUGCCGGGAAUAAAAAUCGGAGACAUUGGAGCAAAACUAGGAUUAAACGCGGUCAAUAAUGGAUUCCUAGGUCUAGAUAACGUCAGGAUACCUAGGAAUCAAAUGCUCAUGAAGCACGUACAAGUUUUAGAAGAUGGCACGUACGUGAAGUCAAAGAACAGUAAAUUGAAUUAUGGCGCUAUGGUGUUCGUUAGAGUGGUUAUAGUAUUCGAUAUGGUUAACUAUUUAUCAAAGGCUGCUACUAUUGCUGUUAGAUACUCAGCCGUGAGACGGCAAUGUCAGUUAAAAGAAGGGCAGCCCGAAUGCCAGAUCAUGGAUUAUGUUACACAACAACACAAGUUGUUCAUUUCUAUAGCAGCGUGUCACGCUCUCAGAAUCACGGGCAACAAACUAUGGGAAACCUUCUAUGCGGUCACUGAAGAACUUGGUGGCGGGAAUUUGGAUAGAUUGCCUGAAUUGCACGCGCUCGCGUGUUGCCUCAAGGCAGUGAGCACGGCGGACACGGCCGCGUACGUGGAGCGCUGCCGGCUCGCGUGCGGCGGCCACGGCUACAUGCACUCUUCCAACCUGCCGCUCACCUACGGGCUGGUGACUGCGGCCUGCACGUACGAGGGGGAGAACACCGUGCUGCUGCUGCAGACCGCCAGGUUCUUAGUGAAAACUUGGCAAGGCGUAGAUAAUGUGAAACUAACGCCUACGGUGGAGUAUUUGAAGACAACAAGAGCGAGAGGGUUUUACGACAAAUGGGAGAACUCAGUGGAGUGCAUUAUCAAGGGUUUUCAAAUUGUAGCUAUGCGGAAAAUAUCAUCUAGCGUAGAGAACAUGCAAAAACGAAUUGCCGCCGGUAUGUCGUUAGAAGAUGCGUGGAAUAUGACAUCUAUACAGUUGGUAGCGGCUGCAGAGGCCCAUUGUCGAGUUAUAAUCCUGUCCACUUUUUACGAAGAAAUAAACAGAGUGACAUCGACUUUUUCACACGAGUUGAGGCUAGUCAUGCUGCAGUUGGUGGAACUGUAUGCUGUUUAUUGGGCUCUGGAGAAAAUUGGAGAUCUCCUACAGAGCGUAUCCAUAGAUGAUAAGGAUAUUAAAAAGCUAGGAGAGUGGUAUGAGGAGAUCCUGUUAAAGCUGCGCCCGAAUGCAGUUGGCCUCGUUGAUGCAUUUGACAUAAGGGAUGAUAUGUUGCAGUCAACUCUAGGGGCGUAUGAUGGAAGAGUUUACGAACGCCUUAUGGAGGAGGCUUUGAAAUCACCCCUCAAUGCUCAACCUGUCAAUGAAACCUUCCAAAAAUACUUAAAACCUUUCAUGCAAGGGAAAUUAUGAUAAGAAGAACUAUACUAUAUAGGUAUAAGUUGUGACAAUAAUGAAUUGAUUCAAAUGUAGGGUCGGCAAAUAAAUUAAAAAUUGUUUUGGCUCUCAUUUUCGAAAGUACUGUAGAAUUGUGCCCAAUUACGUAUUAUUGAAAGGUUUCCAGAUAGCCAGAAACUGAGACUGAAAAUCAACAGGAAAUCUUAAAACCAGAACAAAAUAGGAACUAGCGUGAACGUUUCCAUCAUGAAUUUUGUAAACUAGCUAGAGAACUCAUAAAAUGCUUAUGAGUUCCCUAUAUGUUGUAAUAUACGUAAUAAUAUCUACUAGAGACUUCAUAAAUAAAAAAAAUCCAUGAUGGUAUAUAUAAAUAUG